UAAUGGUUAUUUGAACAGCAACAGAAGUGAAUGAGUCGGAGCGAAGACUGGAACCCACUAAGAUGGAGGUAAAUAUUGGGGAUUUAAUGCACCAUGCAAACCCUCUCAGCCAACCGCUCCAGUAUUAAGAUUGAUGCUGUGAACAAAUUGUUGCAGUUGUUGGCUGUUUCUUUUUUUCCAAGCUGGAGUAUUUUCAUGUCCGCAUGAAAAGCUAUAGUGUUCAUACAUGUAGCUCAAGUUAAAUUUAAUGUAGUAUGUAGCUCUGAAAUCACAUCAAAUCAAUCAAUUAAUAACAAGAACGUCCUCAAAAGCGGCGUUAAGUCUCGCUUGCUUGGAGGUUAGAUAAGAAAUGAGGAGGCGAUUAAUUCUACACGAAACAGGAUUUACCCGCUAAAGGUUUUUCACUUCCUAUUUCAUCGACGGUACGAUUUGUUUUGAAUUGAUUUGAUACGCAUUUUAACGACGACCAGAAAUAUGUCUGCGGUUGCAGGCUAUAUGCGUGUAUAAAAACACGAAAAUUCGUGAUGAACAUGGCGCGUCAUUUCGGUCAUCGCUCUUGCUGGUUGUAGAAUGACGGGAAAACUCUUUUACUGCUGUCUGUUAUGCCACAUUCAUUACUUGUUUGUUCUACAGCUAAUUCAUGAAUAUAAUUAUUUAGUAUAUACUAAAACAAUGGAUAGUGUUUGUCGCGCGCUCUGAUUGGCUACUCAAUCAGUGAAUAUCCUGCACUAUUCACUGAUUAACCGCCAGAUCCUCCGAGCGAGCGACGCCAAAGUGGCGUAAGUUGCGAGCAAAUUAAGAUGCCUUCCAGGUUUGCUGCCGUAACAAACAAAGAAAUUUCACAACUAAUCAAGCAAGCUGUUCCCGAAAUACACGAAGAAGGUGACGAAGUUCGGUUUGAAAGUUUUAACAGAUAGAGCUUUGUCUUUUUUGCUUGAAUUUAUCGAUAAAACCGGUGAAAAAGUUUUUUGUCUACAAAUGCACGUUAAGCUUAAGUCUUGUAUUACUUUAUUUAGUUGACCUGUUCAUAAAUAAGCUUAGAACUGAAUGUAAUAAUCUUUUUUACAGAAUGAUUUUAAGUACAAAAAGAAUUCACAACUCCUUUUAAAGAAAUUUCCCCGCAAGAGCUAAACAAAUGCCUUCAAAAGUUUUAGUUGUCGGCAAGAAAAAGCGACGACCGCGAACGCUCGGUCAUUGCGCGCGAAAAUUGUAAUCGUUGGCAGUAAAUGAGUUACCUCCAUCAUUUUUGUGCUUAAUUAUCUCACUGUUUUGGUAUGUACUAAAACAAUUAUUCACCUCCGUGUCGGUGGCUAGUGGUGAUAUUUACCUCGCCACUUCGCGGCCUCGGUAAGUUUCCACCUCCACUAGCCACCUCCACUUCGGUGAAAAAUUGUUAUUUAACAAUUAAUGAAUGAGGCUGCGUAUCUUAUGAAGAAUUAUGGAGAUCGAGAAGGGUGUUAUCCGUCGAGGCCGUAGGCCGAGGCGGAUAACACCCUCCGAGAUCUCCAUAAUUCUUCAUAUGAUACGAAAACCGAAUUCAAUAGUUGUUUUAUUAUUGAUGUUAAGUUCAUCUUCGAUAGUGCACGUUUAGGGUUGUUCAGCUACGCAAAUAUUCUCCAAAGAGCAGCUGUCGCCCUUCUAGUUGCACUUUUGACGUCAUCGGUUCAUUAAACGCAAAAUUCUCUCAAAUUUGGUCAUCAGUAGCUGGUUAUGGUGAAUUAUGCGUGUGCUCUUAGCCAAUCAGCAUCGGGGAAAUAUUUUGAAUGUGUAAUAAUUACUAUUAAUUCACUCCCUUCUGUUUUUUUACCCUCAAUUGCAGCACUUAUGUUUGUGUUUUUUUUUCUUUAGUUUCAUUAUUUCAAAGGAGAGAGUGCAGCCUUUUUUGUUGAAGGGAGCAAAGUUGCAGAAGCCAUGAAGAAAGUUAGUCACAAAAUCACUGUGAGAGAUGGCUCAAAGGUACAUGUAUGCUUUAAUCAGAAGGGACCUUAAUAACAUUGUAUAAGGGGUUCAAUAUUUAAGAAAUUAGAACCUAGAGUCCUUUUCUUGCCCCCUCUUUUUCAUAUUCGCCAGAGCUCUAACAUUUGCUAGAAGCACAAUAAUGCGGUUUCAUUUUAUCUCUCUCGAAGGCUCUAUGUUUAGUUGAGUUUAAAACGUUAGGUGUAACAGAGUAUUUGUGAGUGUGUACUUGAUAGUUAUCAUGAAGUGCAAUGUAUUUUUAUCAUUGUAUGGUUUUAGAGACCUAUCCUUGUGAUGUGCUCAUUUGAGAAAAAAGUUGUUUAUUUGUACUGAACAUUUCUCCAUGUUUCUGCUUGUUUUGAUAUUCGUUUGCAGCUCAUAUUAACUGUGAGGCCAAGUCCCCCACCCCACAACCCUUCAAAUGUGUUUGGUAGUUUUGCUGACAGUUAUACUGGCAAUGUUGGAAGCAGUUCUAAUUUGGAUGAUAAUACCAAGGAGGUUUUGAAGGUGAUAUCCCUUUUUCGAAUGCUGUUAUUUCCGGCCG